AUGAAGAUGGAUAGAGGAAGAGAGGCGGCGGCGGCCGGACCAGGUGGCGUCGACGACGACUGGAGGAAAGGCGGGCCGAUGAGGGAAGAAGAGCGGCGGAACCCCGAAGAGAGAGAAACGAGCAGGGCUUACCGUUUACAAGUUAAAAGGGCAACACCGGAAUAUUUUGAAAAAGCUAUGGGCAAUUCUGUCAGGACAUUGGAAAAAAUUUCCCACCCCUUAAGAAAACCCAAUUUGGGAGGAACUGUAGAUUCCUCUCCAGAGACAGAGAAUGAGAAAAAAGAACCGAUCGUCAGAAUACGAGAAGAUCCGAACCGUAAUUUUCCUACCUUCCACUUCUUUGGGAGACUAAAGAAAAAACUCUACAGGGCUUGGAGGAAGGCUGUCAUUGUGAAGUUGCUUGAUCAUCAUGUUGGGUAUAAAGCCCUAGAAGCUCGCCUCCAAGCUUUGUGGGCAAAACGUGGAGUGAUCAAUCUGAUCAACAUUGGGUAUGGAUUUUUUGUGGUCAAACUAUCAAAUAGGGAGGAUUAUUUUAAUGCGUUAACAGGAGGUCCUUGGAUGCUUUAUGAUCAUUAUCUAACGGUGAGGCCUUGGGAACCAAGAUUUAAUCCAGCAAAGGAAAAAAUUGAUAAAGUUGCUGUUUGGGUGAGACUUCCAAGAGUUUCUCUGGAAUAUUAUGAUGAAGAAGCACUAACCAUUAUUGGAAACAGAAUUGGAGAGACAAUCAAAGUGGAUAUGAAUACUUCCUGUCAACUCAGGGGACAUUAUGCAAGAAUGUGUGUGCUUGUUGAUCUGGGCAAACAAUUAAUGUCCGGGUUUUCUUUGGAUGGAGAAGAUUAUUAUUUAGAGUACGAGGGACUACAUUCUUUAUGUACCAAUUGCAGUGUCUAUGGUCAUAAUAGAUCUGUAUGCCCAUCGAGAAGAAAGGAGACAGAAAUUCCAGAGGCUGCUAAUGGAGAUCGUUUCAGUCAAGGUAAUGUAAAUCUCAACAAUCCGAUAGGAAAUGUGGAUUCAAACAGCAACGAACAAGAACAGUGGAGGGUGGUGCAAAAGCCUCACUAG